AUGGCUCUCGAAACACACAAUCAAUACGAUAUACUUUCCUCCACUAAUAAGCCACCUUAUGACCAAUUCAAAGAAGAUGCGGUAGAUGCAUCUGAAGAAGCCCAAGAAGCUGUUGUAGAUAAGAAAGAAAGAUUUAAAGAACAAACAAAGCAAACUGCUCAACAAACUAAGGAUGAUGUUAAAGCAAAGACUGCCGAAGCCAGAGAAAUGGUAAAUGAGAAAUACGAAGAUGCUUCAGACACAUUAAAGGACAAAAAUGAACAAGCUAAGCAAAAGGCUUCAGACGCUUAUGAUCAAGCUGGAGACUACAAGGAACAAGCUAAACAAAAGGCUUCAGACGCAUAUGAUCAAGCUGGAGACUAUAAGGAACAAGCUAAGGCUAAGGCUGGUGAAGCUUAUGAUCAAGCUCAGAAUAAGGCAUCUGAUCUCCAACAGAAGGCCUCUCAUAAGGCUAAUGAAGCCUAUGACCAAGCUGGAGACGUAAAGGAACAAGCUAAGGCUGAUACUACAGAGUCUCUUGGUCAAGCUCAAGAAAAGGCAGCCGAUGUUAACCAAAAAUUAUCUGAAACUGCAGAUGCCGCUUAUAAGAAGGCUAUGGAAACAAAGGACCAAGCCGCUGAAAAGUCUGGUGAAUUAUACGAUCAAGCUGCUGAAAAGUCUGGUGAAUUGUUACUAGUUCGACGACUCUUCAGACCACUUAAUAUACUUGUCCGACGUCUACAACGUGAGAAGGUGCAAGAAACUAUUUAUGAUUCUGCCCAACGUGCUACUGAAACUAUUAAGGAGUAUGCUCAGCUGGCUCAAGAAGCUGUAUUUGGUGAAUCAAGGGCCCCAGGAACUGGUCCUAAAGGUACAGGUACUUCUGAUAAUGCUUGCUAG